AUGAGUGGAUACAAGCGAUUUGUCGUCAAUUUUACGGUAAGAAUUACAUCAUCUUAUGUUGUUGUAGUAUUAUUACUUAUACGCAGUGUGAAGAUUCGCAUUUCCAGUCCUGGGAUUUUUUAUUUUCCUUAUCGCUUGGCCAUUUGCUCCAGCCAGAGCUGAUCUUCCCAUAUAAUGGCGCCUAUGUCAAUGGAUUAUUCAAAUAUUUGGGAGAGGUUGGCGCUAAGCUGUCGGUAAGAUGAAUUUGGAAUACGUUUUGCAAGAUACGUUUAAUGCUUUUCAGUUAGUGUUCAUAAUAAAUACAGCUUGUCACAUGUUGUCCACUCAAGUCUACUGUUUGUUUUUUCGAUAUGCGAUCUUACAAAAUAGUCCCAAACUUCUCGACUUUACAUUAUCGUGGGCUACGUGGAUCAGAGGAUGGAUCAUUGCGUUCGCAAUCACCACUUCCGCAGGGAUUUUCAUUUUUGCGCCGAUGCAGAGGCCACAGACUGUAAGGGGUUUACCUUUCUGCACUUCAUUUCACUUGCUAUUCUUACGUCCAGAAAAGAUUGUUUUUUUCGUUAGCUGCUAUCUUUACUAUAGUUGGAGCCUAGUAAAUUUACAAGUCUCCAAGCUUCUAAAAAAGGCCGGAAUAAUUUGCUUCCAAAAUUUUUUUUAUUUUUCAGGAAGUCCGUGCUGCUAUUCUAGAGCUGUCCCAGCAAUUUGAAGAUCCCCAUUUACCUGACUUUAGUCGGAUAAUACACUCCAUUUCAAAAUGA